CUAGGUAUGUGGUAUUCCCGUUCUCUUCUCGCAUUAGCGAGGUGGCGGUACCAGACCGAGUUCUCGAGGAGUUGUUGGGGGGCGUACACGAGUAUUAACCCUUGUAACUACAGAAUGUGACGAGACGACAACCAACAUGCAUAUGGGAUGUCUGGAUGCGGAAGGGCGAUACAAUGGCGGGAACUGUUGUCUCUGGAUGGAUGGGUAUUCUGAGCUAGGAACUCACGGCCUAGCCGCCGUCCCCUUGUCAGUGGACCAUGUCAAAUCAUCAUACCGUCAUGGAAACUUGGAGCCAGCGCACCGCGAAUAUCUUCUUCAAAAACAACCUAUGAGUUGGUGUCUUGAACGCGUCUCUCGCCAGCUUCGUUUCAUUUCUCUUCAUCGAUGCAUUACUCUUCCUAGAUGGGUUUCGUAGCCAUUCUCGCGUCGGCGCGGCGGCUCUGCAACUUGACUGCCAUCGCGAUAAGCGCCGUCCUGUUCCUGCUGCUGUACCUGCUGUCUUCGAACGCGAGAGGAAGAGGCAGUGGUGGUAGCAGCGGCGGCGGGUUCGCCUAUUUCAACGCCGGCAAACCCUCCUCCUCGGCACCGAAGAUCACGGAGGACAUCUUCAACAGCACACUUGGCUUCGAGAAGAUCCUCGUCGUCAACCUGCCCUCCCGCACGGACCGCCGCGAUGGCAUCGUCCUCGGCGCGGCCCUCAGCGACCUCGAGAUAGAAUUCGUCGACGGCGUCGACGGCAAGCUCGUGCCCGACAAGGCGCUGCCGACGAGUCCCGACCACGACCGCCUGCCCGAUGCCGUCAUCGGCUCGUGGCGCGGCCACAUGAAUGCGAUCCAGGAAGUCGUGCGGCGGAACCUGUCGUCGGCGCUGAUCCUCGAGGACGACGCGGACUGGGACGUGCGGAUCAAGACGCAGCUGCGGGACUUCGCCCUGGCGGCGCACGCGCUGACGCAGCCGCUCGCGGGCGGCGGGCCGGCGCGCUUCGCCGACGCGACGUACCCGGGGGGGCUGGGCGACCGGGCGGGGCUGCCGGCGUCGGUGCCGGAGCUCGCGUUCGACGCGCUGCCGGCGACGGUGGCGCCCGCGCACUCGCCCUACGGCGACGGCGGGUGGGACGUGCUGUGGCUCGGGCACUGCGGGAUGCGGUUCCCGGAGGCGGCAGACGCGGCGCUGCCCAAGGGCCGCGUGGUGCGCGCGGGCGACGCCACGGUGCCGCAGCCCCGGCACCUGUGGACGCUGACGGCGCCGGACGGGCUGCGCGACGGCUACGCCAACCACACGCGCGUCGUGCACCACGCGCGCGACGGCGUGUGCUCGCUCGCGUACGCGGUGUCGCGGCGCGGCGCGCGGCGGCUGCUGCACGCGCUCGGCCUGCGCGACCUGCGCGCCGCCUUCGACAUCGAGCUGCGCUGGUUCUGCGACGCCGCCGGCGGCCGCGCCUACCACCCCUGCCUCGCCGUCCAGCCCGCCCUCUUCCACAUCCACCUCCGCGCCGGCCCCAAGGCCAGCAACAGCGACAUCUCCGACCACGGCGCCGGCCACCAGCACGCCGUGACCCGCCUCGUCCGCUACAGCGUCCGCAUGAACGCCGAGGCCCUCGCCGACGGCCGCGCCGACCUCGCCGACCUCGUCGACCAGUGGCCCGACGCCGAGUGACCGACCGACGCCACCCCCGCCGCCCCGGCCUAGGAUGUCGAGCCAGGCGAGAGAGGAGGAGAGAAGAGGACGAAGGAAAGAAGGGAUAUCCGUGCGUAAUGGCCUCUCGUCUGGAAAUAGUAUGAGUAGUAAGACGAGCAAAUAGACAGGUAUACGAAGAAAGGUAUCGGAGUAGGAGGAGAAGAAAGGCACCACUAGGGCACACGCAUUGUGCCUAAUUACCGGUCAAUAUGGCUAGCAUGCCGAACUCGAAACCCGACGACAGAAAAGAGGAUAGGAAAGAGGGCGCUUGUAUUGUACGCAUGUGUAUUUAUACAGACCGAAAAGUUACUAGAAAAACAUCACUGAGAAAUAGAAUUAACUCGGCUUAGGUCCAGGCAAUCAGGCAAUCAGGCAAAUCAGGCCUCUAUCACGUAGGUAUACGAAGGAGGCGACAACACGCACGUUAUUCAGCGCCGCUGGGGCAAAUUCAGAGAAGUCUUGUGAACCUGGACAUCGUAGGCAUUAAAAAACCGCGGCGACAGGAUAUCCGCGAAGCCAAAAUAAAAACAUGUCGCUCUCGCCCUCCGUCUACCAAUGAAGGGGGGGGGGGGGGGGGGGGUCCU